UCCAAACUUCAUGAGGUUUUCUAGAAAAAUUCAGUCGCUCAUUAGACGGGCAGAGAAAGCUUGGGAUAUUUUGCGACGUUCUUUGCUUCAGUAGAACUGGAAUGUUUGAAGCGUUUGCGUUUCUUGCAAGCGUGCCGUGUUGAGGCAAAAGUAAGUAAGUCCUUGCUCUACAGGUGGACCAAGACUACUACCAAGAUGGCCGCCGUAGAGGAGCAAUACGAAGACUACGACGAGUUAACCGCAGGUCAAGACGCGGCGGAAAGCAACAACCUCGGUAUCGCUGCGUUCGAGAAGAAGCACUUGGGGGGAGGUCAACCUGGCCAAAACAGCGCCAACUUUGACGACGACUCGGACGACGAGGCUGUUGAUGCGAAAGUAAAGACGACCAAGCGUACUACUUCCAGUGCUUCAACCUGCGGCCCGGUGAAACCGAAGUCGAUUGUGACGACUACAGCAAGUAAGCCGAAGCCUAAACCGAAGCCAGCAGCGGUCCAAGGUGGGCCACCAGUUCCUGCUGCAACAGGAGGCGGGAUUCCCAUCGUGACAAACGCCGGCCCGGUACAUGCUGUACAAAGCCAUAACAAACCGCCGAGUAAGACCGUUCAAAUCAUCGCAAGCAACAGCACAAAUCAGAGUGACAGCGGAGACGAAGACACAAACAGCGAAGACAACGAAGAAGAUGGCGAACUUUCGCCCAACGGGACGACGUUCAUUCCGAAGCGGAAUUCAAAUAAACCUUCUUCAAAAUCGGCUAUGAACUGCAAAAGCAUCGUACUAGUAGUAAUCGCAUUUACAAAUUUGCUCAGCAUGACAAAUGAAAUUUUUCAUGCUGAUUUACCUAGAAAAAAAGAUGCAUAAAUGCGACUACUACGAGUACGAUACUUUUGCACAGGAUAUCGGCCCUGAAAAAACAAAACCUGCAGCUACAGCGGCAGCUCGGAAUCAAGUCCCGAGAAUGCGAAAUGCUGAAGGAGGACACGAAAUUGAUCCUCGGGCAAGAUGCAGGGGGAAAGAUGGAUGAAAACGAUCUGAACGCCCCAUUGGAGGAGAUUUUGAAGAAAAAGCUGUACCAAAUGGCCCAAAAAUCCAGAAGACAGCAAGUCACUAUCGAGUCGCAGAAAACCAAAAUUGAAGCACUGGAGAAACUACGGCAUAAGGAUCACCAGCAGGUGAUGAAACAACAGCCACCUGGAGGGGCGAACAGCAACCCAUCUUCAAGUUGUAAUCUUUACAACGCGACCCAGCAAAACCAGCAACUCACCAUCGAGCAGCAACUUGCAAACCAAGACUUCCGCCCGAAGUUUCUGCAGGCGAGCAACCAAUUGCAGGAAACGAGACGGUAUGAAAUGCAAAAAUGUCCGGGUCUGGAAGUAGACUGCCAGAUUUGUCAUGCUUGUCGAGGAUGACCAAAAAGUUUGUGAUGCGUGUCCAAGAAGAGACCCUUUUGCCUGUCAUGCAAAAACGCAGUUUGUCAUGCGAAAAACGCAACACAAAGAAGCGCAGAUAUUUCUCAUGCUUGGCUGUGCAUUACAGAGCAUUCCCUCUUCCCAACGCAGCAUCACAGGUUUCCAGACCCAGACACUUUUGCAUUUGAUAGACGGGAGCUGUCGGACCUGAAACAGCUGGCCGCGACGUUGAAGAAGGUGUUGCUGUGGGAAUUCGGGAACGAUAAAGAGAGAGUGGACGAAUUGGUGCGAGGAUGCACAACAGCGGCGACAGGGAUCUUGGUACAACAAACCAGUGCUGGCGUGAAUAAAACUCUCCCACGACCUGAAUUGGAGAGGAAAAUCAGCGAUUUGAGACAGGAAGUAAAACAGUUGCAGAGUGAAAACAGGAGCCUCCAGUUGCAGAACAGUUCUUCGAGCUUCGUCGACCCCCCACCAGCACAAAUAGUCCCGGAAGAGGCAAGACUAUCCGGGGACCACGGCGCGGCACAACAACUACUUCAUCUCGGGAAUAGUCAUCUAGUAGAGGGGCGGGAGCAUUCAGUGGGCCCAGGUCCAGCAGCAUAUGCAACACAAAUUUCCCGUACAUGUACAAGAUGCAUCACAAGUUCGACCAAUUUGGAGCGGAAAACUUGUCAUGCUAAACUAGGAUCGAAGUCAAGCGUUGUCAUGCAGAGGCCGCAUUUGUACGUGUACGGGAAAUUUACUGUGGAUACAGCGCAGCCCCCAUCCUCGAAGACAAAAGUGACGAACAAGAUCGAAAAAUUAGCCGACGAGAAGCGGCAGAGACUCCGCCAGUUAUGCAUUGCAAAAAUACUAAUACCGUACUAGUAUGAAUUGCAUUACAAGUUUUCAUCUCAGCAUGAUAAAUUGAAUUUGUCAUGCUGUUUUACCUUGGAAAGGAGAUUUGUCACGCGUGGCUGCAAUUAGUAGGUACGAGUGCGAUACUUUUGCACUGCAUAGCAGUUUGAAAAGGACAACUCGGAGCUUCUGUUGCAGAACAAGCAGCUGAAACAGCAGAUAUCACAUGCAAAUAUGUCUGGGUCUGGAAGGAUACAACUUGUGAUGCUGCGUUUGGAUUCCAAAAAAAUCUGUAUUGCAUGAGCAGCAGAGGGAAUGUAAUUUUUGUUACGCGGAGAGGUCAUUUGUCAUGCGGAUUAAGCAUCAAGAAGCCCUCAAAAAAUCUGUGAUGCUAGGGCAUGCAUUACAGACAUCAUGGCUCAUGCAAAACGUGCACGACAAGUCUCAGAGUCUCCCACACCCAGACAUAUUUGCAUUUGAUAGCAGAAACAAGCGGGCCAAAGCCGGGUUUCGACGUUGGAGAAGCAGGUGUCGAUAUGCAACACAAAUUUCCAAUACAACACCUACAAAAUUAUGCAUCACAAAUUUUGCCAACGUAUCAUAGCAUACCACUUGUCAUGCUGAAGGAUUGAAGGAAACGAAAGUUUUGCGAACAUGCAGAACCUGCGUGAAAAUUUGCACGUGUCCUAUGUGUAGUAACCGGGAAAUUUGAUGUGGAUAGUCGACUUUGAAGCAGCAUUUAGAGAAGCUGAUGGAGAAGUCCGAGCGGGAUGAUGUUUUGAUUGACGAACUGAAACAGAAAACCGAUGGAGCAAAGGCGAGCCGGACAUCCAAAGCAGCAGAUAAGGAAAAGGACAAGGACGGACUGCUGAGUUGUUCUUUUGACCCGGAAAAAGCGAAACUGUUGGAGCAAGUGGAGCGGCAAGCGGCGUUGAUAAGGCAGUUGAGGGGAUCCUAGUUGUGCUAGGGGGCGAGCACAGUCGUCGUGUAAUGGGUAAAACUGAAACUGUUGGUUUAUGUUUGUCUUGCUUCCGGUCUUUCUGGAGCAAAUCAAAAAUGAAACUUCAACUCUUUAUUGAUAGAGGACAAGUGCAAAAAAGUACAACGAUGAU